AAAGUUAGAAAAGAAAGGUUAAUUUUAUCAGGAACACGGGGAGGUCACGUCCCUCGAAUCUCUAUCUCACUGCUCUAUUUCAUCACCUACCUCAGUUGUCUUCUCCUUUCUUCUUUCAAAGCCAUACUGCGCUCACCGUUUUUUCUCCUCCUCUCAUCUCUUUAACUUCCCUCUUCUCUUUGGGAGAACCCUUCUCUCUCUCUCUCAAGCGGUAGUCAGAAUUUUUCAAAUAUAUUGUUGUUCUUAUUUUGGUCUAUAUUCAGAUUCUGGCUUUCGACUACCUGUAUCAACUAGUUUGAGUCCACAUAUGUCCCGUGUCAAAGUGACGACUUUCUGGAUAUCUUGAGCGUUUCCGAAUAUUUUCUGGAUUUGGGUAGUCAUUUAGUUGACGAUCACGAAGAAAUAACGCGUACCCAUGUGAAAUUUGGCCUUUUUUCUCAUUUGGGUCUGCUUAAUUUGGUCGAUAUCUCGUGGAAUCAGUCAAGUUCGAUGAACUGAUGCUAGUGUUACGCUGGUCUUUGGGUUGUCUAUUGCAAUGGAUUGAAGGGUGAUAUAUUCCUGGAAUGAGCGUAACAAGUUGAGCUAGGUGUUUAAAAAUGGAUACGAAGUCAGAUGCCGAAGUGCAAGAUGAGCUGCCUUCAUCGCCGAUGUUGGUAUUGCAGAGUAUUUCCGAGGAGGCUUUUACAGUGGCAGGUGAACCGCUGCAUAAUGUGUACUCAGGUAAUUCGAGCUUCCCACCACCUGUGCUGGGGCAGGGAUAUCGACGCAGUCAAAGUGAAAAUGUGACCACAGCUCCCAGACGUAAUAAUAGCUUUCAGAGAUUGAAGAGCCAUAUGCAGAAGGCUUGGAAAUGGGGUAGCAAUUCUCGUGAACAAGAUUGCAAGCAGAGUUUCAAUCCUGAAAUCUUGGCGUACCAAAAACGCCAGUGGUAUCAGUUUCAUACAAAAUCUCAGGACCAUAAAAAAUAUAAGGAGCCUAUGUCAUUAUUUGAAAACUUCAUUAUUGUGGGGCUUCAUCCAGAUGCUAAUCUUGAGGUUGUGGAGGAUGCAUUUGCUAAAAAGAAGAAAUGGAAGUCAGAACUGGCAAAAUCUGAAAUAUUAGAUUUUAAAAUGCUGCAGCAUCAGGAGCCUUCAAUUCCAACGUUGGAACCUCAGGUACUUUUCAAUUAUCCUCCUGGAAAGAAUCCAGCAUUGCAUCUGAAGGAUCUAGCUACCUUCUGUUUUCCUGGAGGGGUUAAGGCAAGUUUGAUAGAGAGGACUCCAUCGCUAAGUGAGCUAAAUGAACUCGUUUAUGGACAGGAGCAGUUAAACAGAGAUGAUUUAGCGUUUAUUUUUUCACUUAAGGUGGCAGACAAUGCAACAUUAUAUGGUGUUUGUUUACAUGUUCCUGAAAUUGUUCAGAGGCCACCUGGUAUCUUAGGCAUCUCAUCACCUCUUUCUCAUCCAACUGGAGGAUGCAGGCGUUUUUUGGUGUCUGCUCCUCGUUGCUAUUGCGUGCUUACAAGAGUUCCUUUCUUUGAGUUACAUUAUGAGAUGUUGAACAGUAUCAUUGCACAGGAGAGACUGAAUCGAAUAACAAAGUUUGUUAGUGAACUGACUCUUGCUGAUUAUGUUCCUUCGAUAACCAAAUUAAAUGAUAAAAUGAAUGGGAAUGAUGAUUCCCCUGAGAGGGAGUCCUUUAAUGAUUGGAUGGCUUCUGCCAUUCCUGUUGACAGUGCACUGGCCCUCACUGCUGCUGCUGCAGGAAUUAUACCUGAUGAUGAGAUCCCACCCUCUUCUUUGAAAAUGUGGGAACUUCAUUCCCCUGAAAGUUUUACCAUCAGUGAGGCUUCAGAUUCUAGCCAAGUUAGGGAAAUGGACAAAGAUGGUAUUAAGAAUUCGCCGUAUCUUUAUGAGUGUGCUUUGGAGGCCUCGGAAACUCAUUCAGAACCUUUGGAAAGAACAUUUGGAUACCAUGAAAAUGGUCAAACUUCUCCGGAGGUAGAGACAUCAUUCUCCUGUAGGAAUCCUGCACUGGAGCGUCUUGGGAGUUCUGAAUCCUUGUUCAGUCCAGUUAGAAGCAUCACAUCAGAGAAUAAUGAUGAUGAAACUUUUGCGAAUGGUGAUAAAGAUUUUGGGGAUGACUUAAUAAUGGAAUGGGCCAAGGAUAAUAAGAAUGAUUUGCUACAGAUAGUUUGUGGAUAUCACACUCUUCCUCUUCCUGCACGAGGAAGUGAAUUAGUUUUCCAGCCUCUUGAGCAUUUACAGGCCAUUGAGUAUCGGCGACCUCCAGUUGCUGCCCUUGGCUUGCAUGAAAACAAUUUAGUUUCACUUGAAGCUGCUGAGGUUGAUGCAAAGUUGGCGGCUGCUGAGGAAGUUCUUGCACUAUCAAUAUGGACAACUGCAACUAUUUGUCGAGUGCUCUCCCUUGAAAGUAUUUUGGCAUUGAUUGCAGGAGUAUUAUUGGAAAAACAAGUGGUAAUUGUUAGCCCAAAUCUGGGUGUUCUAUCAGCUAUAGUAUUGUCUAUUAUUCCCAUGAUUUGGCCAUUUCAGUGGCAGAGUUUAUUGCUUCCUGUUCUACCAGGAAGGAUGCUUGAAUUUCUUGAUGCUCCAGUUCCUUAUAUUGUUGGCAUACAACAUAAACCUGAUGAUUUGAAGAUGAAAACAUCAAAUCUUGUUCAUGUUAAUGUGCUCAAGGAUCAGGUGAAAAUGUGUCAUUUGCCAACACUUCCCCGGCAUAAGGAGCUUGUUUCUGAACUGGGGCCCAUCCAUGCCAGACUUUCACACGAAAGUGCAAUUGCUACAAGGCAUCCCGUAUAUAGGUGCAAUGAAGUACAGGCUGAAGCUGCAGCUGAGUUUUUGAAUGUCAUGAGGCACUAUAUGGAGUCACUUUGCUCAGAUCUGAGGUCUUAUACAAUAACUAGCGUACAAUCAAACAAUGACAGGGUUUCUUUACUUCUUAAAGACAGCUUUAUUGAUUCCUUUCCUAGUAGGGACAGACCAUUUAUCAAGCUAUUUGUAGACACACAAUUGUUCACUGUCCCAUUGGACUCUCAUUUGUCCAGCUUUGAGAGUGGGUACCUUUAGCUUAAUCAUGUGAGGUUUGCAAUGAAUCCAUCGGUUCAAAAUCCAUAGGUCCAAAUGAAGGUUCCAUCAGUCCUCAUGACUAAUUGAAGGUUAAUUUUUCUCUUACCGUUUGAGAUGAACCCACGACAAGUUUUGGAGCCGUUGACUCUGAACUGCCAUAUAGCUGAAGCUUGUAACGAUGAGUUGUAGCAUAAAUGGUUAAAACUAUAGUUUCAAAUACCAUACAUCAGUGUCCGUUGUACUGCCUAGCAAGAAAGGAUCAUAAUCCCAAUCCUUAUGGUGUAUCUUAUGUAGUGCUUACCAUCGGUUUGCCUUACACCAAAUCUUUGUAAAUAACGUAAUAAAACAAUCUAUGAAGAGAUAGUUUACCUGA